AGCAAGAGGUAGUUAUGAGACACACCCUUCUCAGAGAUAAGUACAGCAGCCCCACAAAGCCUCCUUACUUAAGCAUUAACUACCCACCCCUUGCUGAAGGAACCUACAAGGAAAUAUGGGAGGAUUUAUUUGAGAAGGAGCUCAGAAGUUAUCAGAAACAGUUACUCAAAGAAGCAAGGGACAAGCAAUUCUUCACAUUGAGGUGAAGGUGAAUAUCAGGUACACUGGGUGAGAGUGACAUACUAGUGUAACAUGACCAAGAUGAAGCUGUUCACCGAGCGAACUGUGAUACUUUGGCUCUGUGUUGCCGUCGCACUCACAACAGCAGAGCUGGUGAAGCUAAACACUGUUGACUCUCUGAUCGUGCCAUGUCACCAGAGUGUCACGCUGCAAUGCAGCAUCUCCACCUCCCAGGAGGGGCUGUCAGUCACACACAUGGCCUGGGUCCGCCAGGAUGGGAAGUGCCUGUGUGAUGUUAACGAGACUGGGGUGACCGGGACCCACCCAGGGAACACACCUAGUGUAAUGGAGUGUAGUUAUACCCCACAGACACAGCUGACCCUGACCCUGCUGCAGGUACAGCCACUGGAGCAGGGAAAGUACUUGUGCAAGCUGCGCUCCAAUAAAGGGGUAAAGAUGUCCACCACAACGGUGAAGCUGCAAGAGUGCUACAGGACGGUCCAGCCCAGCAUCAGUGAUGAGGGCCCAACCUGCACCUUCACUGGGGUCUACCCUGACGGAAAGGUGCACUGGUUCCAGGGACCCAACAACGUGACUGGGGAAUCUAAAAUCAACACUAAACAAGUGGAGGAUGGAGGGUCGUUGACUGUGACUAGUUCCCUGAAAAGAAAGACCGUCUCUGGGGAAGGGUCCUACAACUGCUCCCUGUGGAUCCCCAGUACUGGAGCCUACCUGACCAGCAGUUUAGUGGUGCCAGAGCAUGGUGAAGCCAGGGUUAAUGUGCUCAAUGCCAGCGGGGCAGGGGCCAUUGGUCCUAUGUGGAAACCCUGGGUGUUUCUAGUCCCCCUGAGUACUCUCUUCCUGGUGUGACGUCUUGAAAACAAACAUUACUUUACUGAAUCAUUAACUCAAAUGGACCAGGAAGCGCCAGGAUCAUUUAAUGAAUAUGGAAGAGCCAUUGUGUGAGGUUCCUUUCAUGGUCCAAAGGUUUCCUUGGCUGCGGAGAACAAGGAAAUGAUGGCCAGAUGAGAGAGGCUGAUAACCUGGCGCAAAUCAGUGUAUAUAUAACGGGUGGAACUGUCAAACUAUUGUGAAUGCACCCUUGUUGGUCUGCCAGUGCCAGGUGUAUUAGAUUGUUAAUUAAAAAUGGCAAACAGCAGUAGAAACAAUAACAAAGUUUACUUCCCGCCCAUUUUGGUAAAAACCUGAGGGAUGGGCCUGGAGAAAUGUAACCACUCUCAAAUUCAUAGACAGAGCUGUGGAUGCAAGGAUUGACCAUCCAUGAUAUCAAAAUGAUAGUUUUAACCAUGUUUUGAGGCUAUAUGGUGUUUUAUUAAAUUUACUUUGUUUACCAAUAUUGGUGCAAAAUAAGCUUAUAUUUUGGGUUCUGAUGGGGUACGACAGUUGAACUAAGCUCAUGAGGCAUUUAUAAGUUAUAUUCUUCAAGAAUUAAUGGGUACAUAUUUUUAAAAAUGGAUGCAGCAACUGCUGAGUGCCCCUUUAAGGGCGUGGCCUUUUGUAUAAAAGCCUUCCUAUUUGUGUCAAUCAGGGAGAUCCCCUUACUGGUUGGCCUGCUAUGGGAGGACAGGAGUGGUGGUUUAAUUGACCUGAUUUAUUUUUUAAGCUUGAGAAAUAGGAAUGAUUGUAAAUGUAGUGUUUAUUGGCGCCCAUAGUCCACCUAGACACUCUCCUUCGCCCUGGGCACACCGUCUGUGAGUGUUACAACACCAAUGUUUGAUUGAAUAUGAAUUGUGUGAGAAACUUCAUGUUAGUAGUAAUGUUUGUUUGAGAGCUCUGGCAUUGCUGCUAACCAUUGAAGUGUGACAGAUGUGGGGAACUCUUAGAGCUGAGGAUAAUGUAUGGAAAUUGUGCAUUGUGAUGCUGAAACAAAAAUAAAUUAUUGUCUGAG